AAUAAUUUUUAAGGUUAGACACGAUCAAAUGUAAUAAAAAUAAGCUAAAAUGUGAUUUAGUCGUAAACAAAAAAGAACAUUGAAACUUUCUCAUGAUCUUAACGCAGCAGGCAAUUGCCAGCAGAUUUUGGUUAUUUUUUUUUUUUUUUUUUCGAUUUUCCAGAUUUGAACAUCCGUCAGGGAGGCAUUAAAUAAAAAUCAUUUUCGUCACAGCAACAUUCAACAAACAAACUUUUUUUUUUAGGUAGCGUACAAAAUUUUCAAGUGCAACAAAAAGCGGAAAAAAAUAUCUCCUCGUCCUAAUUGUCGCGAUAUAUACACACAGACACGUACAUACAUACACAUAUAUCCACACACAGACAUAUAUAUAUACAUAGAUCCACUACACUCACUUUGGUAAUCCAAAAUUUUUGCGUUGUUGAUCCCAUUUCGUGGCAGAUUAGGCCAGUAGAGAGUACAGAGAAGGGAGAAGAGAAGGAUGUCAUAUCAAAUCAAGCGCACGCCCUACUUCCGGCGCAUGUUCAACAAUAGCCGGCGCAACGGGCAACUGCAGCGGCUGCGCGAAGAGUACGAGCGCAUCCAGGAGUUCAAUGAUCGCACCAUUGAGCUGAAGAUGCGACAGGUGCGCUUGAAGCGACUGUUUCGCGAGAUCGAUGAUAUUAAUGAUUCGCCGAGCACAUCGACGGGGCAGCACCGCAGGCAUGCGACAAUGGUGCCGCUGACGCAGGAGGCGAUGCAGGCACAGCAGCGACGCGAACGUCUCGAUGCGCUGGAGCGUGCCCGCGAGCUGGGUCAAGAGAUAUCGCGACGCAAUGCCCAAUUGACCGAGAGCGGCGCCGGUUACUAUUUGCGCAGCGAACUACGGCUGACGGCAAAAAUGCGCGCAGCGGACGAUGCACGGCGCGAGGCGCAGGAGCGACGACAGCGCGCCGCGCGGCGCAUCAGCUAUGGCAAUGCCCAAUCCCGUUCGAAUAUCGAACGGAUCGUGCAGCGGCAACAGCGGCGGCUCGUUACAAACGACUCGCCGACGACAUCGAUAAUGGUCGAUGCCCACCAUCAGAUGACACAGCUGCCGGUGCAGCCGUCAUCCAGCCAGAGUCAAUUGCAUCCUGAUCUCGUGAAGCGGGCCAUGCUGCAGCAGCGUCUGCAAUAUGGCAAUUCGCGCUCCACCAACAAUAUGAUGCGCAGUCAGUUGGCAGCGGCGCAACGUGUGAUGGGCUGCCUAUCGGCCACGGAUACGGUGACCGACGAUUUGGAGCAGCUGGAACUGCAGCAGGAGCAGCAGCAGCAGCAAGAGCAUGAGCAGCAGGAGCAGCAGCAGCAAUCUAGAUCUGUGGAUGCUGCGCCGACUGUUGCCGCCUAUCAACUGCCGUUGGCCGAUAACGAGGCGUCCGCGGAUCGAGCGGCGCAACGCUGGCAUCGCAUCUCACUGAUGGUGCCCUGGAUUAAGGUGUUGCACGAGCGUCCGCUGAUUGCGCCCAGCCAGCAGGCAACGGUGCUGCCGCCGCACAACCUUACUAUUGCCAUCAUGGAGCUGGACGAUGAUGGACAUGUGCCCACGAUGCAUGUCAUGCAUCCGACAUUCAAUCAGUAG